CCUGCGUUCCAUACUAGACGAAGACACGAUGAGCGACAACGCUGUGGCUGCCCCGAGGUUCAGACUGGAGCCCAUCCUGGACAACGGACUCGGGCUGGACGAAGAGGGGAACACAAAGAUCUUCAUCCUCUCAGACAUCAGACUGAAAGGGCACACCAGACGUGGCAUGAACACAGCUUUCUCCCGAGCCCUUCCUGUCCUCCCAGACCGAGGAACAGAUCACGCUCCUACUGAAAAUAGCCUGAAAGUAGAGCGCAGGGAGGACGACUUUGAGAGGCUCCGAUGCAUGAUUGGUCGAGUGUACCGACCCUGUUGGCAAAGAUAAGAAGUGUGGUGGAUCAUUCACUGCUGCCCUGCCGUCUGUCA